AGCUACAGUGUAGUUGAAAGUUGCGUAUUGAAUAACCGUUAUUCAAAAAAUAUACUUACGUAAAUUUCUAGCCUAUCUAUUUUAAGUUUUCUGAAUUUUUAUUGGUCUUUACUGCCAUCGCAGUCUUCCAAUACACAAUUAAAUUUGUCAGUACGCUAGAAAAAAAAUGGCACUGAAAGCAAUUGUUGGGCAGAAGAUUAUGGACGAAGUGAUCAAACAAAAUGAUGUGGAUAAGAGUUUGGAGGAAAAAUUGAAACUAUGGCGUGUGCUGGUAGUCGAUCAGUUGUCAAUGAGAAUAAUAUCUUCAUGUUGCAAGAUGCAUCAAAUAACAUACGAACGGAUUGCUAUUGUCGAACAUCUUAAUAAGAAUCGCGAACCGUUGCCGUCAAUGGAUGCAGUUUACUUGAUUACUCCAUGUGAAAAUGCCGUCGACAUACUCAUCAGAGAUUUCUCUAGUCCAGAGAAACCAAUGUACAAAAAUGCUCAUGUAUUCUUCAUUGAAGCGUGUCAAGAAGAACUUUUCAAUAAACUGUGCAAUUCAGUUGCUGCAAAAAAAAUUAAAACCCUCAAAGAGAUAAACAUUGCGUUUCUACCUUAUGAAAGUCAGGUAUUUUCAUUGGACUCCCGUGAAACAUUUCAAUGUUACUAUAGUCCAUUAUUAGUAAGCAGCCGUAUCCUAAACAUGGAGCGUAUUGCAGAACAGAUUGCUACUGUUUGUGCUACGUUAGGGGAAUAUCCUUCAUUACGAUAUAGAAGUGAUUUUGAACGCAAUGCUGAAUUGGCUCAAAUUUUACAACAAAAGUUAAAUAUUUAUAAAGCUGAUGACCCAACAAUGGGCGAAGGUCCAGAAAAAGUGCGUUCUCAGUUAAUUAUUUUAGACAGAGGAUUCGAUUGUGUAUCUCCAGUCUUACAUGAGCUCACAUUACAAGCUAUGGCUCAUGACCUUUUGCCAAUAAAAAAUGACGUUUAUAAAUUUGAAGCCAAUGUAGGAUCUUCUAUCAUGAAGGAAGUGUUGUUGGAUGAUAAUGAUGAACUCUGGGUGGAGAACAGACAUCAGCAUAUUGUUGUUAUAUCCAAAAAAAUAAUACAACAAUUCAAGGAAUUUAAAGAUUCUAAACGCAUGUCUACUGUUGAUAAAGAUAAUCCUUCCAUGUAUGAUUUAUCUGAUAUGAUCAAACAAACGCCUCAAUAUCAAAAAGAAUUGAAGAAGUAUUUAAAGCAUUUAAAUCUAACUAAAGAUUGCAUGCAACAUUAUACAAGUAAUAUUGACAGACUUUGUAAAGUGGAACAAGGUCUUGCUAUGGGUACUGAUACAAUGGGUAAAAAGAUCAAUGAUCAUAUGCAAUAUAUUAUACCCAUAUUGUUAGAUUCAAAUGUCUCUAGCAACGAUAAAAUGAGGAUAAUUAUAUUGUAUGUUUUGUCAAAAAAUGGAAUAUCAGAAGACAAUCUUAAUAAACUGAUACAACAAGCCCAACUGUCACCAAUUGAUAAACAAGCAAUUAUCAAUUUGAACUUGCUUGGUAUCAACUCUGUUGUAGAUGGUAACAGAACAAAACAGUAUCAAAUUCCACGUAAAGAGCGUAUUUCAGAACAAACAUAUGAGUUUUCUCGUUGGACACCAGUGAUCAAAGAUGUAGUGGAAGAUAGUAUUGAAGACAAAUUGGAUAUUGAACAUUUUCCAUUUCUAGCAGGAAGAGCUACUUUAUCUGGAUACUAUACCUUAUCUAGUGCACGAUAUGAACACUGGCAUAAGGAUAAAGACAAAGGAGAACCGCUUAUAAGAAAUGUGCCAAGAAUAAUAAUUUUUGUGGUAGGAGGAGUCAGUUUUUCUGAGAUGAGAUGUGUAUAUGAAGUAACUAGUAAUGUCAAGAACUGGGAGGUUAUUAUAGGUUCAUCACACAUUCUUACACCAGAAGACUUCAUCAAAAAUUUAUCAGCUUUAAGUUAA